AUGGCGGUGAAUCGCAUCCGGGGCGCCUUUGCCGCGCCUCGGAAGGGAGAGACGUUUGAGCUGCGAGCCGGGCUGGUCUCUCAAUAUGCCUACGAGCGGAAGGAGUCCAUCCAGAAGACCAUCAUGGCCAUGACGCUGGGCAAGGAUGUGUCCGCCUUGUUCCCCGACGUCCUCAAGAACAUUGCGACGGCCGACCUGGACCAGAAGAAGCUGGUCUAUCUCUACCUCAUGAACUACGCAAAGACACACCCAGACCUCUGCAUUCUCGCCGUCAACACGUUUGUGCAAGACUCGGAGGACCCGAACCCGCUGGUGCGAGCGCUGGCCAUCCGCACAAUGGGAUGCAUCAGAGUGGACAAGAUGGUCGACUACAUGGAGGAGCCGCUGAGGAAAACGCUGCGAGACGAGUCGCCCUACGUGCGCAAGACGGCCGCCAUCUGCGUGGCCAAGCUUUUCGACCUGAACCCGGCAAUGUGCAUCGAGAACGGCUUCAUCGAGACGCUCCAGGAGAUGAUUGGCGAUCCGAACCCCAUGGUGGUCGCAAACUCGGUCCAGGCGCUGUCGGAAAUCAGCGAGACGGCCCCCGAGACGAGGGCGUUGCUCAUCACUCCCGCCGUGCUGAAGAAGCUGCUCAUGGCCAUGAACGAAUGCACUGAAUGGGGUAGAAUCACCAUCUUGACCGUGCUUGCGGAUUAUGUCGCCCUCGAUGUCAAGGAGUCGGAGCACAUUUGCGAGAGGGUCAUUCCACAGUUCCAGCACGUCAACCCUAGCGUGGUCUUGGCCGCUGUCAAGGUGGUCUUUAUCCACAUGAAGUCCAUCAACCCGGAACUCGUGCGGUCGUACCUUAAGAAGAUGGCGCCUCCUUUGGUCACAUUGGUCGCGUCUGCGCCCGAGGUCCAAUAUGUUGCCCUUAGAAACAUCGAUCUGCUCCUCCAAGCCAAGCCCGACAUCCUCAGCAAGGAACUGCGAGUCUUCUUCUGCAAGUACAACGAUCCGCCAUACGUCAAGAUGCAGAAGCUGGAAAUCAUGGUCAGGAUAGCAAACGAGAAGAACUACGAGCAGCUCCUUUCCGAGCUGAAGGAGUACGCAUUGGAGGUGGACAUGGAUUUCGUUCGCCGAGCCAUCAAGGCCAUCGGCCAGGUGGCCAUCAAGAUCGAGGACGCCAGUGCCAAGUGCGUCCAGGCGCUGGAAGACCUUCUCGCCACAAAGGUCAACUACGUGGUGCAGGAAGUUGUCGUGGUCAUCAAGGACAUUCUGCGAAAGUACCCCGGUUACGAGGGAGUGAUUCCUUCACUGUGCGACUACAUCGAUGAGCUCGACGAGGCCAAUGCUCGUGGAUCCCUCAUCUGGAUCGUGGGAGAAUACGCUGAAAAGAUUAGCAAUGCGGAGGAGAUUCUCGAGGGCUUUGUGGACACCUUUUCAGAAGAGUUUACUCAGACUCAACUGCAGAUUCUGACAGCCGUUGUCAAGCUGUUCUUGAAGAAGCCCAGUGGAGCGCAGAGUCUUGUGCAAAAGGUAUUGCAGGAGGCGACCACCAACAACGACAACCCCGAUAUCCGUGACAGAGCAUACGUCUACUGGCGAUUGCUAUCAGGAGACCUGGAGGUGGCCAAGAAUAUUGUUUUGUCACAUAAGCCAACCAUUUCAACAACAAUGACAAGCCUGCCAAAUGCGCUACUGGAGCAACUCUUGUCGGAGCUGUCGACCCUUGCAUCGGUAUACCACAAGCCUCCGGAAGCCUUUGUUGGCAAGGGCCGAUUCGGCGCCGACGAGAUCCAGCGAGCCGCCAUUCAAGAACAGCGCCAGAACGCCGCGGAGAAUCCCAUCGCUGCCUCUGUGGCCGCGGCCGCCGCCAAUGGCUCAUCCUCCGUCUCGCAAAACAACAUUGAAAACCUGCUCGACAUCGACUUUGAUGGCGCAGCACCGGCGUCUCAGGAGCAGACAAGCGCAACAGGAACCCCUGACCGAAUGGCAAGCCCAGCCACGGGUGGUAUGGCUGACAUGAUGAGCAUGUUUGACGCCCCUUCGGCCAGUGAUGCUCCUACCGCGACGCCGGCUGGUGGCAUGAAUGAUUUAAUGAACGGGUUCGAGGGGCUCAACUUUGGAGCGGCGAAUGCAAGCCAGCCACUGCCGGCGGCGAUGCAGCUUCACGGUGGUGGCUCUGAGCCUAAGAAGGAUAGCGAUGAUCUUUUGGGUUUGUUGUAG